AUGAGCUUCUUGAAAGCUUCCUUGAGACUUUCCCUGAAGAACCUGCACAGUUAUAACCCACACACUGUACCUUUGAAGAAACAAAUUUGGUAUAACUUCAUCCCUUCAUCACUAAUAUGGGACAGAACCCUUGGGUUGCUAGAGAGAUCAAGAAGAUCCCUUGGGUUACCAGCCACUCCCAAUGCCAUCAUAGAAGAAGAUCCUAUUAUGUGGAUUGGUUUGGAAAUAAAGGCAUUUCUUCAAAAUGUUGGGAAAUCUUUUUGUCCAAAUUAUGUGGAUUGGUUUGGAUUUGAAGCUGCUGAUAUACCUCCAAGAAGUGCUGAUAAAUCAGUUCUUUCCAAAUUUCUACAAACAAAUCCUUCUGAUCAUACUACCUUUAAAUUAAAGCUGCGAACUUUCUUGAUUCGCAACGGGUUGUCGAUUCUUUUCAAAGAAGGUCCAAUUGCCUAUAAAACCUACUACCUCAGGGCAGUGUACAUAAGAAGGAAAUACGAGAACAAACAGUUGUCAUCAUCAAUCUACUUGAGUGAAGCUGAGCCUUUUCUUGAACAAUAUGCCCCUAAUGAAGAAGUAUGGAGCCAGGUCAUGGGGUGGCAUAUCCAUCUUACAAUACAAAACAAAACCACAAUAGAGUUAAAAUUGUGCAGAAGCAUUUCUUAUGCUGCAGUUGCUGCUCAUGUAGAUCAGACUAGCAGGAGGAAAUUAGCACCUUUCCUGGUUCCUUUGUUACUAGGCAUGAUACAAGCUAGACCUAUUGCGCACGAUCUAUUCAUACGAGACUCAAGAUAUCAUAUUUUGGCAUGGCUAAAAGCUUUGGAGGAAACGAGACUCAAGAAAAAGUAA